AAAGGCGGCCAGGUUGGAAGGAGCGCGCAAAGCCUUCCACGCCGUCCUGCGCGUCAGCUCCUCCGUGCGCCUUUUGCACCCGUGCGUGGCACCCACGAGAGAGCCAGCGCAUUGGCGCGGGUGGGCGGCUCCUGCUCCUGCCCCCCCGUCCCCGGCUUUCUCCUGCGGCUCCUUGACCAGAGGGGGCUGUGAGCGAAUAGGGGGGACGCCGGCCGGCCGGGGAGGAGGUUGGCUGGAGAGCGGAGGAGCUGGGGAUCCUUUUCUCUGGGCGUGGAGUCAGUCCUUUGCAGAACCUCGGUGCGCCUUCGGGGGAAAAGCACAGCGCGGCUGGAGAGCCCCCGGCUGCACGCCGCUGGGGAGUGCGGAACCGCCUCUGCUCCGGCGGGGCUGGCUGAGGAUCGUGCGGGAAUUGGCUCGCCACCACCCUUCUCGGAGUUAGCUUCGCCUUCACAGGCUCCCGCUCCCGGAGGCACCGGAGGAGGAUGGCCAGCCCUAAACCCACAGGACUGUCGUGGGGAAUCACCUGGUUCACCGUUGCCAUCGCCAUCUGUGUCCAUUUGCAGACAAAGGCAGAGCAGCCCCAAGGUGCGUACUUCCUGCCCGAAUUUGCCCUGUCUCCACAAGGAAGUUUUUUGGAGGACACCACAGGAGAACAGUUCCUUACCUACCGCUACGAUGAUCAGUCUUCAAAGACGACCCAGUCCGAUGAAGAGAAAGACGGUGGCUGGGAUGCGUGGGGAGCCUGGAGCGACUGCUCGCGCACAUGUGGUGGAGGUGCCUCGUAUUCUUUAAGAAGGUGUUUAAAUGGCAGGAACUGUGAAGGCAGGAAUAUUCGUUAUAAAACCUGCAGCAAUAAUGACUGCCUUGCAGAAGCUGGUGACUUCCGGGCACAGCAGUGUUCAGCUUACAAUGACGUCAAAUACCAAGGGCAUUUUUACGAAUGGAUCCCUGUCUAUGAUGAUGCCAGCUCUCCCUGUGCCCUGAAGUGUCAAGCGUUGGGGAAGCCUUUAGUUGUAGAACUUGCUCCCAAAGUCCUGGAUGGGACCCGUUGCAACGCCACGUCCCUGGAUAUGUGCAUCAGCGGGAUCUGUCAGGCAGUAGGUUGUGAUCGGCAACUCGGGAGUAACGCCAAGGAAGACAACUGUGGCGUCUGCGCAGGAGAUGGUUCAACAUGCAGGCUGGUGAGAGGGCAAACCAAGACGCUUCUUUCAGCAGAAAAAAGGGAGGAAGCUGUGAUUGCAGUUCCGCACGGGAGUCGCAGCGCACGAAUUACGGUGAAAGGGCCAGCGCACCUCGUGAUUGAAUCAAAGACGCUCCAGGGAGAGAGCGGAGAACACAGCUUUGGUGCGUCCGGAACGUUUGCCAUUGAAAACACUACAGUUGAAUUUCAGAAGGGUUCAGAGAGAGAAAUUCUGAAAAUCCCAGGGCCUCUGGGAGCAGAUUUCAUUAUCAAGGUCAGGUACACCAUUCCCAAAGACAGCACCGUUCAAUUCUUUUUCUACCAACCGAUAAGUCACCAGUGGAGACAGACCGACUUCUUCCCUUGCUCGGUCACCUGUGGAGGCGGUUAUCAGUUGAACUCUGCGGAGUGUAUGGACAUCCGUUCGAAGCGCGUUGUGCCCGACCAGUAUUGCCAUUAUUAUCCUGAAAAUAAGAAGCCGAAGCCAAAACUCAAAGAAUGCAACAUGGAUCCGUGUCCGUCAAGUGAUGGAUUUAAAGAAAUCAUGCCGUAUGAUCACUUCCAGCCACUUCCUCGCUGGGAACACAACCCUUGGACGUCUUGCUCAGUUUCAUGUGGGGGCGGAAUUCAGAGGAGAAGUUUCGUGUGUGUGGAGGAAACCAUGCACGGGGAGAUCCUGCAAGUGGAAGAGUGGAAAUGCAUGUAUGCCCCCAAACCUAAGGUGAUGCAAGCUUGCAAUCUGUAUGAUUGCCCUAAAUGGGUAGCUCUGGAAUGGUCACAGUGCACCGUGACGUGCGGCCAAGGAUUACGUUACCGCGUGGUGCUGUGCAUCGACCACCGUGGGCAGCACACGGGCGGCUGCAAUCCUCAGCUUAAACUCCAUAUCAAAGAAGAAUGCAUUCUGCCCGUCCCUUGCUACAAGCCAAAAGAGAAAAACCCUGUUGAAGCAAAACUGCCCUGGUCUAAGCAGGCCCAUGAAAUGGAGGAGAUCAGAACCGCCUCUGAAGAGCCAACGUUUAUCCCUGGGCCCUGGUCUCCUUGCAGUACAUCUUGUGGCCGCGGGAUUCAGGUGCGUGAAGUGAAGUGCCGUAUUUAUCUCGCAUUUACUCAGACUGAGGUGGAGCUUCCAGAAGAGGAGUGCGAGGAACCCAAACCGGCGUCCGAACGCGGUUGUCACCUGCAGUCCUGUGAUGGCGAUCCUGACCCUUUCCUCCCAGAUUAUUCACACCCUGAAGAGGCAGAAGAUGGUGUCUAUGACUGGGAAUACAUCGGAUUCACCCCCUGCUCCGCUACUUGUGUUGGAGGGACCCAGGAAGCCAUUGUGGUGUGCCUGCAUGAGCAGACAAAGCAGAUUGUGAAUGACAGCCUGUGUGACAGCUCCAAGAGACCUCCGGCCAUGAGCCGCACGUGCAGCACAAGGCAUUGCCCCCUGAGGUGGCACGUGGGGUCCUGGACACCGUGUUCUGCCACUUGCGGCGUCGGCAUCCAGACAAGAGAGGUGCAUUGCCAGCAUCCUGGAGGAUCCAUCGCUGGACCUGAACAUUGCAAAGCCAAGGAGCCUCAUGCUUUGCAAGCUUGCAACCAGAUUGAUUGUCCACCAGUUUGGCAUGUGGAGGAAUGGCAGCAGUGCUCCCACACGUGUGGCGGAGGCACCCAGAUCCGUAAAGUAACUUGCCAGCAGUUGUUGAUGGACGGGAGUUUCCUGAAACUUGCUGAGGAGAGGUGCCACGAGCCACGGCUGUCCACGCAGAAGCCUUGCGCGAAAGCGGACUGCCCACCACAGCUGGUUGUCGGGGAAUGGUCCAGAUGUUCUGUAACCUGUGGCGUUGGGACUCAGGGAAGGGAACUCACCUGCCAAAAGGUGACUGCCAAGAGCCAGCCUGUCGCAUUAAACGCAUCCGUCUGCAGCAACCUCCCUGCGCCACCUCUCGUAAGAUCUUGUCACAUGCGUGCCUGCAAUAGUAAGUGACGCUUUUGUAGCUCGCCAAAGAAGAAAAGGGCCCGGAUUAAUGGUUAAUUACAAAGGCCAAGCCUGGAUUUAACAUUGCAAAGUCUGUGUCCUUUGUGUUUGAAAAACGAAACACGGGGAUAGGUCUAGACCAAGGUGUCACCCAGCGGGUGAGCCAAGCGGAAAUCGACGGCCUGCAUUUAUCUUAACCAUAUUCGUAUGACGUCUCUUGACAUGGCGUAAUUUGAUCUGCCAAUUUCAUUGCUUUAAAUAAUAAAUUCGGUUUCUUUGAAUGAAGGAGAAGGUGGGGUGCAGUGCAACAUACAGAGGCCCUGUCGCUGAGAUGUGAGGAUUGUAUUCGAGCACUGAUUUCCUUGAAAUGGGUCAGUCCUAGCCAGCGUCGG